AUGACGGACCCCCGGGUGUGUGCUGGACAGAGGAAGCCCAGCCUGUCCUUUUCCAUUGAGGAAAUCUUAAAGAAACCUUCUGCCAGCACUGCCCUGAGCAGUGAAACCAGGAACAGAAGUAGCUGUGCUGAGAGACCUCCGUCCCUAAAAGCAGGGUCACUGGUGGCCUUCAAUUCCAGCAGCCGGAGUCAGUCUGACUGUGACUUACCUUCAGCCAAAAUGCUUCUUCCCACCACAUGUGCUACACCCGUGACCAAAGCAAGGAGAGUGCAGGCAACUCACUGCAGAAGACCUACUGCCAACCCAGUGUCCCUCCUGGGUGAGGACAUGGGACAUGAACGUCUGGAAGGCAAAAGAAAACAUGAGGAAGAGGAAGAUCAGCUAUGUGGUUUCCCAGUGGACCAUUCACUUCAUGCUGAGAGGAAGGGAAAGCGAAGAAUCCGGACAACAUUCACAGCUGAGCAGCUGCAGGAACUGGAGAAAAUUUUCCAAGUGACUCACUACCCGGAUGUCCAUAUUCGCAAUCAACUGGCAGCAAAGAUAAACCUCCCAGAAGCCAGAGUUCAGAUCUGGUUCCAAAAUCAGCGAGCCAAGUGGAGGAAACAUGAAAAGUUUGGCAACUUUGGUGGCCUUCAGCAUCUGACAGAAGUUGAUUUUGUUCCUGCUCCCAAGUCAGAUAUCACAGCUCCUAGCUUGAUGCCAAGAAAGCUCUCUGCUUCCUUUCCUGCCAUGGGUUACUACUCACCACUGCAAGGACAGCUGACAAGUGCCUGGCUGCCCAGCACACUCUCCUUCACUCCCUACCACAUGGAGCUGCUGCCCUUCCCAAAACCAUACUUGUUCUUCAAUGUCCUGCCCCCUUACAGCUCGCUGCAACCCCACAAGUUGGAAAGGAGUAGUAUCUGUGCCAGCUCCUCAUAG